GCGAAUGAUCGGAACGUAUUCUAAUCAUUACUAUCGAAAGACGCCAAGUGCAUCUUGCGCAUGCUUGCCAACAAGUUUACCACGACCAUCAGGCCGACUACUAGUCCCUGUCUCGUCGUCAUUAAGUUUAGAGACGACACGAAGGAUCGCCGCAAUUAUGGGUGAGCCGAGACUCACACAAGGCGACCCGUGGUUUUCGGAUUUCCACUACGCCACCCAAGUAAGCCUGUACUUAUUGAAGCCGGUUGGUAUCUGGCCCUUGAAGUUUGAGAAUACCGCGUUGGGACAGAUCGCGCAUAUCUCGACGAUCUUCCUCGCCACGUUUCUUCAGCUCUUCAUGAUCAUUCCGUGGAUAAUUUACAUAUUCACCGCGCAAUGCGACCUUUACGAGAUCCUCAGGACCGCAUGCCCGCUGAUCUUCUCUAUUACGGUCUUUCUGAGGUACAUGCUGUUGCUGUUUCAUCGGGACGAGAUCAAAUCGUGUAUCGACCACAUCGCGGAAGACUGGCGCAACGCGACGCUGGCCGAAGAUCGUGAGAUCAUGCUAGUGAACGCUAAAUCCGGACGUUUGUUCGGGAUCGUCUCGGUGUCCUUCAUGUUCGGCAGCGGUCUACUUUAUUGCAUUAUGCCCAUGGUGGCACCGCCAAUUGUUUCCACGGGCAAUGUGACGCUCAGACCGUUGCCAAAUCCCUGCGAAUUGCUCAUCCUGGACUCCCAGGCCAGCCCAGUUUACGAAACGGUGUACGUAAUGGAAUUUUUGUCCUGUUUCACUCUGUUCACUGUGUUCUGCGGCAUUUCCAGUCUGACUGCCAAAUUUGUUACUCACGUAUGCGGUCAGUGUGAAAUACUUAAGUACUUUUUCGACGAGAUAGUCGAUGGCAGUAGCCGAAAUCAAGGUACCAUCGAUCAGAGGAUCAGCACCGCCGUAAUGCGUCAUCUACGAAUUCUCAAAUUCGUCACGGACGUGGACAGAAUAAUGAACGAAAUAUGUUUAGCAGAAUUCUUAAACGCUUCGUGUAACAUAUGCUUGCUCGGUUAUUACGUAAUUAUGGACUGGAAGAAUGAGGAAUCGAUAUUGCAGAUUUCCACGUACUUCCUCGCCUUCGUCUCCAUCACUUUUAACAUAUAUAUUUUUUGCCACAUCGGCGAGAUGCUUGUAGAACAAUGCCAGAUGAUAGGUACCAGAUGUUACAUGAUCGAAUGGUACCGACUGCCGCAUAAUAAAGCGCGCAGUCUGAUUUUCUCGAUCAUCAUGUCGAAUUAUCCUAUCGAGCUUACCGCCGGGAAAAUGCUGACGAUGACUAUGAGCAGUUUCUCUAAUAUUCUAAAAACUUCAAUGGCGUACUUCAACUUGCUCCGCGAAGUUUCCUCAUGAGAAGUUAUG